AUGGAUCCUAAAAUUGUAAAUAUGACACGUGGGUCACCAUCAUCUGCCAAUAGCACAUGUGACGGCGUGUCUAAUCCCGAGAGCGAAGUGUUAACAAUGUCAAGAGAAAAGGGAAUGAAAACGGUAUUCCAAUUUAGCUACUCUCACGAUUCUGGAAGAAGCGAUACCUCUUUGAUUCGACUUCAUUCCUCCGCCAGUGACUUAGAGAGCUCAAAUGACAUAACUCCAAUCACUCCUCACAAGACAUUUCCUGCGGUCGUUGGAAUUAUACUUGAUUUGCUUGAAAAGCGCAUUCCGUCCCUAUCAAAACUCUGCAUCGGUAGACGAGACAAAAAUUCAGAAGAAAUUAAUGCAAUUUCUGAGAAUCUUAAGCGCAAUUCAGCAGUGGGACUAUCUUUUGCUAUACAGAGCCUGUCAGACUACAGUACAGGUGUCAUCUUCGAAGUGCUAAGGUGCUAUAUUGAGAAAAACUUUCCGGCUCUGUUUGAACCAACACAUAACUUUUGCAAAAUGAGUGUCAUCUUUCAUCACACGAUGGACAUUCAUCAAGGCGAUAAACGGUGGUUUGCUACGGAGGAGUUAAAUAAUAUUGUCAAACGAAUGCCUUCUCGAAGAAUUUCUCUGUUAUCGCUUAUUGUGAGGCGAUUGCACAUUUGGGUGCAAGAAGAGAUUGCCUAUCAGCUAAAAGGGAAUACCCUAAAGAAAUCAGAAGAAAUAGAAGAGGAAGCCUUUUCAUUUCUAGCAGAUAUCUUCAGUUCCACCUUGGUCCGAAUUUCAGAAAGACAUGAGGUUGCAAUAAUGGAACAUGGAAUUAAAUAUGAAGAUAUUGAAGUAUUUCUGAAAGCCAAUAUGCACGACCUAGAGGACUAUGGAAGCGAAAUGGAAAAGUACGAAGCCGAGAACCAAUCUCCAUUGAAUCUAGCGGACUUUUUCAAUGCGACACAAUACAUGCGAGCCAGGGAACGACAAGAGCACUACGCAAAGAUUUUUGCCAAUCUCCGACUUGCUAGAGAGAAUGGCCAACGUGACCAAAAGAGAGCUGAAGCAUUGCGAGCUAAUUUGAAGCCAGAUGACUGGGAGUUUGAAAAGACGAAGCCGACAAAAAAGACAUACUCACCGGAUAUAAUAAUGGGAGAUGAUGUUGAUAUAAAUUACAAACCCAGAGCGUGUGGACUGACAAGUGUCAAAAUAUAUGAUAAGGAAGGCAAACAUAUGGAAAACGUUUGCCUGAAGAAAUCACUGGAAUGGUGCAGUUUGUACACUCUCAUGACCGCGAUUAGCGUGGACUAUUGGCAUGAGACUGCUUUAGAACUAGCCAAAACCCAACAGCAGAAAGAGAAAAUGAGACGAAGUAAAAAUGGUUCAUGGAGAAGAGGAGUUAGUCCACAGCGAAUACAAUAA